CGCGGGGAGAGCUGCCGUUUGCCUACGAUAAGCCCGGCCGCUUCCGGGCUCAGAGGCCGUACCGGAGUGAAGUCUGAGGUUACUGGGCUUGGGACAGGUGCGAGACUGGCGUGAGUAGAGUCGGGAAGGCCAGCGGCUGGCUCUCCGCAGACCACGCCCGCAGAAACCUUCUUCCCUCCCCCCUGUCUCCACAACUUGUGCUCUACUUGGUUCCGCCGAGACCCGCGACGGUUCCGCCCCCUGCUUCCUUGUCAUUGAUGUUGUUGUUCUUGUCAGUGCCGCAGCCCCGACCGCCGGGAGCCCGAACCCGAGCCGGGGCCGCCCGGGUGGCGCGGUGGCGGCAGCGGCUCCGGCUGCAGCAGCUGCGACGGCUGCGGGGCCUGCUGCGGGGUCUGCGGCGGCGGCGGCGGCGGCGGCGGCCCACAGCCGGCAGCCCGCGGCGGGACCGGAUGGCUCUGUGCGGGCCGGCGGCGGGCGCCGCGUCGCUCCCCAGCGAGCUGAUCGUGCACAUCUUCUCCUUCCUGUCGGCGCCCGACCGGCUGCGGGCCUCGGCCUCCUGUUCGCACUGGCGCGAGUGUCUUUUCUACCCGGCCCUGUGGCCCCAGCUCCGCAUCUGCCUCCGCGUCUCGCCCGCCGAGCAGCCCCGGCUCGAAUUCCUCAUGCGCAAGUGCGGCUGGUUCGUACGAGAGCUGCGCGUUGAGUUCGCCGCCGAGAAUUACCUGAGCAGCGGCGGCGGCGGCCCUGGAGACGGAGGCGGCGCCGAGACCGGGACCGGGACCGCAGGGGAAGACGUCGAGGCCCUGCAGCUCUCCUCCCCGUGGCUGGAAGUGCUGCGCACCUACUUGGAGCUGGUCCUCUGCGUGCUGCUCAGUAUCCGGAACAACAGAAACCUCCAGAAGUUUAGUCUUUUUGGAGACAUAAGUGUACUACAACAGCAAGGAAGUUUGUCAAAUACAUACCUCAACAAGGUGGACCCUGAUGGCAAGAAAAUUAAACAAAUUCAGCAACUGUUUGAAGAAAUACUGAGCAAUAGUAGGCAACUGAAAUGGCUGUCCUGUGGGUUUAUGCUGGAAAUAGUAACAUCAACGUCCCUGUCAUCUCUCUCUAACUCUAUCGCCCACACCAUGGAGCACCUGAGUCUCCUGGACAACAACAUUCCCGGUAGCAGCACUCUGAUCACUGCAGUGGAACUCGAGCGAUUUGGGAGUCUGCGCUCCCUCGCCCUGGAUUUCUGUGACUUUACAGCUGAGAUGGCAAGAGUCUUAUCCGAUAGCAACCACGUGCCUUUGCAGCGACUGUCUCUCCUGGUCCACAAUGUUUCUGUGAUGCACAAGUCUCUGGACAACAUGCCAAACGAUGAGCAUUGGAAAGCCCUGUCACGGAAGAGCCCCAGCCUUCGGGUCUACAUGAUGGCAUUUGAUAUCAAGAGUGAAGAUAUGUUAAAGAUUCUGAAACCCAGUAUACCACUAGAGAGGAUUCAUUUUGACAGCUACAUCACCUGUGUGUCAGGGGCCAUUGUUGAUCUUAUAUCCAGGCAAUAUGAUAAAUUCCUUACUCAUUUUAUAUUAAUGAAUGAUGUGAUUGACACAUCUGGCUUUCCAGAUCUUAGUGACAACCGAAAUGAAGAUCCUUUGGUUUUAUUAGCAUGGAAAUGCACAAAGCUCUCUCUUUUGGCAAUUCAUGGUUACACAGUCUGGGCGCACAACCUCAUUGCCAUUGCUCGUCUUCGUGGCUCUGACCUAAGAGUGCUUGAAGUCACCGAGGAAAGUAUUGAUUUUGACCAAGGUGAACUGGCUGACCAGGAUGUAGACCCAGUGCAUAACCUCAUUGAGCAGGUGUCCCUGGGCCUCAGUCAGCCGUGGCAUGCAGUCAUGGACAUCGAAUCACUCAGUGUCUUCACUGAACCAAACCGCCAUUUUUACAGAGAGAUGCAAAGCUUCAGCGAAGACAUUUAACUUUUUUUUAGUGUACAAUUCCUGUGGUUACAUAUGCAAGUAGGGUCCUAUUAUGUUUUUUUUUUUCAGUAGUGUGACUUACUCCCUUGUGCUGUGUUUAAUCAGUAUUAGCUUUAUAGAAUUAUAUAUAUUCUAUUUCUUGAUCAAAGAACAUAGUCGGGUAUUGGUUAAGAAGUUCAAAGUGACACUGUAUAGGGCUUUCACGGUUAAUGGAAUUGUUACCACCCCUUAAUGAUACAACCGAAGAUUGUCUGAGGUUGCUGGCUAACUUUGUUUUUCACUGAGUUACUCUGCCUUUUGAACGUUUUUAUUCUUUAUGUGUCAGAAUUCAGAGCUCAGGAGCCAAAAUAUUUUUAUACGUAUAUAUAUAUAUAUAUCCAUAGCCUGGUGGAUUUGUAUGCAAUGCACUGUAUCUAUGUGUUCCAAUACCAUUUCAUUAAUUUUUAUUUGGAAUAGACAGGGAGAUGUGAUCUCAAAUAAGUUAUUUUGACAGAAAGCCAAGAUUCUAACUUCAUUGCCUAUACAAUAACUGAUAUCACCAAUUACCAUUCUGAAUUUCAUAUAGUACUAGGUUAGAAUAUUGCUUAAUCUUUUUUAAAAAAUGCAUUUACAUAAACAUGAAUAUUCAGAUUGUUAGAUUUUUUUAAACUAUCUGACAUAAUUUUAUUUAUCAAUUACAUUAUACAUUCAAGUUAGCUUCUUAGCCCAGAUUUCACAUAGUAGAGGAAAAAGGAACUAUAUUCCAGGAUCAAACCUCAUAAACAAAAUCACAGUACAGAGUUGUAAACAUACAUGCUUGCAAGCAAACCUUAGUCGUGAAAUCCCUAGCAACGAGUCACUGGAUUUUUCUCUGUCAGCACGCAUGUCAGCUGCCAAAGAAUAGACUUUAAAUGAAGAAGUGCCCACAUGCUGGCAGGGGCCGGCCCAGUCUGGCCAGCCAGAUACUGCUAGAUUGUAAUAUUAAGGUCGAAGUUCGACCUGUGGUACACAGCUGUGCUGUGGCUCAGUCAGCAACCUCAGAACUCUGAAAAAAAAUUUAAAAACAAGAAAAAAGAAAAAAAAACAUGCACCUGUUUCACUGUGAAUAGUGAAUGUAAAGGAAAGGAAGGAAAAACCGAAAGCUUGUUCUAUCACAGGUAUGAGCUGCUAUGAUACAUGAAGAACAUUCCAUGAAGUAUGUUUUAAAACCUUGUUAUAUCUGAGAGGCUUUAAAAGCCAAUUUAACUGUUCAGGGCAACCGCGGUACAGACGUGGUCUCUGUGAGACUUCCACCUGACCCCCGUUUUAAGUGGUACGAAUGUUGUGCAUUUAAUGUUAAAGGACAGUCUGCAAUAAUAAAGUCAGUAGCCAACACGGGUGCCCAGCAGUGCUGAGACCUGGCUGCUCUAUUGUAAGCUUUGGAAACACAAUUUAUGCAACAGAUGUCCAGAUAUGAUUCUAUUUAUGGAAAAAGUUUCUAUGUUUUACAAAUGGUUUUACCAUCUUCUAUUAAAGGACCUUUUGACAGGUGUGCACCGUUUUGUCUCCAGGGAGCGCACACCACGCGGGUUUUAUAUGUACAUCAGUAGUGUGGACCCCCUGGCGCAGUGUGUGCGGAUGCCAGCUGUGGGGAGAUUUUAUCUUGUACAUGUGGUCAGAUAAAAUAACUCCUGACAGAAACUGUAAGGAAACCAGCUGAAUGUUUGACCUGAUGACUGAUGUUGUGUGGUUUAUGUUAAAUGUAUAUUCUUUUAAUCAAUGAAUAAAGCAUUAAAAAGUGA